AAUUGGGGUGUUCCUUGACCAGCGGUUCUGCUGAGGACGCUGAACACAACCAUGAAAACCCACAUGUGAUGUUACUUAUAAACAGACAAGGACAGUGACGUGUCCUGUUCCGUCCUUCAGUCGAGCUCAUCGUCACGUCACGGAGGUUUGGGCGGACCCAGAGUCCCGUGUGGUCCAUGACGACCCGUGCAGAGGAGGAUAAGGGUACCGCCUAAAAACACACGCUUUUAUUGGACACACAGUGUGUUGCUAGGCGCUGUAGGAUGUCCGUAACAGAGCAUCAGUCAGCAGCAGUGUAACAGAAGCUAACUCUGAACGCUAUAAUAACGAGGGACGAAUCUUCAGGGAGGUGUCAGUGCCGUAUUAUCCGAGAUGAGGAGAGCAUUGCCGCAGUGAGCAAAUAAUCUCAUCAACGGGCUGUGGAUUUCAUGUCCCCUACAGACGCUGACAUUUAUAAGAACCAAGGGUGCUCGGGUUUGAAGCGGCUAUGUGGUUGCUUGGUUAAAGUAGAUGUCUGAGAUUAAAAUCUUAUUUCAAGGGACAGCUGCGCACUUUAUAGUUUUGUGGCGGAUUAAACAACGCGACAGCCGCUGUCAGCUACCCAGCAUGGUGCAUUCAUUCAAGGAGGACCACAUAAACGGCUGAAAGUCACAGAUGAGUGUCCGGCGAUGGAAAACCUGACUGGAUCCAACUCUGAGCCGCAGCCUGGGGGCAUCACAGUUUCUUCUGUCCCCUCAAAAAAGACUGCAAUUUAUGAAAAUGGUCACGAGCAUCCCACUCAUAUGGACCCCACAGCUGCAGCACACAGAGGGGCCAGCGAUCCAACCACAUACCCUCUAUUAGAUUACCGAGGUCUGGUCCGGCAGAGAUUUAUACGCAGAAGUUUGUGGUUCUCCGAGUCAGAGGAUCAAGAACUCGAGGUUUCAGAGUGCGACACCACCAGCAGUCCCGUUAAAAGUGCACGUAUUGUGGUCCAGAGGAGUUUUAAUGCGAAGAGUCCGGUGGGACAGGGAGUCUGUGUAAAAGAGAGCUUCAGCAAAGAGCCAGAGACAAGCGAGGCUGAGGAAAAACAUGAUGAGGAACCACCGGAAACCUCCAACAGCGGGGACAAAGCUGGGAGUGACGAGAAUGAGGAAGAUGCCGGAAUGAAGGCAGUAUCCACCUCUCCGGGUGGACGCUUUCUUAAGUUUGAUAUUGAGCUUGGCAGAGGGUCCUUCAAAACAGUCUAUAAGGGCCUGGACACUGAGACAUGGGUGGAGGUGGCCUGGUGUGAACUUCAGGAUCGUAAGCUGUCGAAAGCGGAACGUCAGAGGUUUAAAGAGGAGGCAGAGAUGCUAAAAGGUCUUCAGCAUCCAAACAUUGUGCGCUUCUAUGACUUUUGGGAAUCUCCUGUUAAGGGGAAGAAGUGCAUUGUUUUAGUCACCGAACUGAUGACAUCUGGAACACUAAAAACGUAUCUGAAGCGAUUCAAGGUGAUGAAACCAAAAGUCUUACGAAGCUGGUGCCGACAGAUCCUAAAAGGUCUUCACUUCCUCCAUACGAGGACCCCUCCCAUUAUACAUCGAGACCUGAAGUGUGACAAUAUCUUCAUCACUGGUCCUACAGGCUCAGUCAAGAUCGGAGAUCUUGGCCUGGCCACACUAAAGAGAGCUUCUUUUGCCAAAAGUGUAAUAGGCACUCCAGAGUUUAUGGCCCCUGAGAUGUACGAGGAGCACUAUGAUGAAGCCGUAGAUGUGUAUGCAUUUGGGAUGUGUAUGCUAGAAAUGGCCACAUCUGAGUAUCCAUACUCAGAGUGCCAAAAUGCAGCACAAAUCUAUCGCAAAGUCACUAGUGGUGUGAAGCCAGCCAGUUUCAUUAAGGUGGCCGUGCCUGAAAUAAAAGAAAUCAUUGGAGAGUGUAUCUGCCAUCGCUGGGAGGAAAGGUACUCCAUAAAGGACUUACUAAACCAUGCAUUCUUUGCGGAGGACACAGGUGUGAGAGUAGAGCUGGCUGAAGAGGAUGACGGCAAGAAGUCUUCCAUUGCUCUGAGGCUUUGGGUUGAAGACCAGAAAAAACUUAAGGGAAAGUAUAAAGACAGUGGUGCUAUCGAGUUCACCUUUGACCUGGAGACUGAAGUCCCAGAAACAGUUGCCCAGGAAAUGGUGGAUUCUGGCUUCUUUUUAGAGAUUGAUGUGAAGAUUGUGGGUAAGUCUAUCCGUGACCGCGUGUCUCUAAUAAAGUGGAGACGGCAGCGGAUUGUCUUAGGCCGUAAUGGAAAAACAGAAGAGAGCAUCACCAAGACUGAGGCACAGAAUCUCCUUCAGGUGCCCUCCACAGGGCCACCAUUGGGUGGACCACCCAGUCUUCCAUCCGAAACUGAGGAACUACAGACUGAAGCAGUCAGCCUGGUCUGCAGUGCCCCGACUAGUGCGACUACAGCUACACACAGCAGUUCAGGCUCAAUAAUGAUAACAGGCCAUUCAGACAACCAAGACAGCACCUCUCAGCAGUCCCUUUCGGAGUCCAUUUCCACUGGCCAAAUGGUCUUAAGCCCUCCAGCACAGCUUCUGACUCAAUUGCCACAGAGUACCCAACAGCCAUCUACUGCACACCCGCCUCUGGGGACUCAACAACAACCUUCUCUACAAAUGCAUCAAGGUGUCCCACAACAAACCGUAGGCCAGUUACUCCACGGGGCCCAGCAACAACCUAGUCCUCAGCAAACCCAGGGAGCCCAACAACAGCCUAGUGGUCCCCUGCACCAGGUUACACAAGCACAGGCCCAUGGUUUGGUGCCACAAGCACCCCAGCAACAACCCACCAUUCAGCUGCACCAGCAAUAUCAGCAGUCAGCUCAUCAGCUACAUCAAGGGGCUUUUCAGCAGUCUUCGGUACACCUGCAUCAGAGCUCUUACCAGCCAUCACCUCCUUCCACACAAUUGGUUUCAUCUAAGACCGUCUCUGCUCCAGCUACUCCUGUACCACAUGCUCGUCCACAGAGCAUUCAUGCCUCUGCCCUCGUAGCACAGGAGUUUCACCUUUAUUUCCAUCCUGAAGCUUUCCAGCCUCAGCCCCUAGUGCUGCCAUCUUCAGAUGCUCAGUUCAUUCCACAGCAUCUAUUACAGUCAGGAUCUUCAAUGCUCAGCACCGCUACUCUUCCUCCACAACCACAGCUAAAUGUUCAGACACCCCUUCUCCAGCCUCUACAAAUCGCCACACAGUUUCCUUCGGCAUAUCCUCUUUUGCCAGAAGGGGGCACAUCUGCAGGGACAGAGCCAAUACCUUUCUCCUCAAUCUCUUACUCUUCUUCCUAUCCCACAAAUGCCCAUCCUGUCUCCUCUCCCUACUACUCAUUAAGCCCUAUCAGUGCUCCUCCUCCCACACUAUCUAUGCAGAAUGUAUCCUGCAUGCUAGGAGCAGGCACACCUGUCUCCACCCCUCUGAAUGUUCCUACCCCUAUACCUCUCCUGGCUAUGGCCCUGUCCCCACAAAUGCUUCCUCCUGAGCAACAUCUGCAGCAGAUGUACUACCCAGUUCCACCACCAGAAGGUGCCAUUUUGCAACCUCUACCCCAGCCAACACAACCCUCCCUUCCCCUCCCUCAGCAAGACCCAUCUAUUUCUGAAACUUUUACGGAGAUCCAGUCUAUACAGGACAGGCAGUCAGAGACAAAGUUUACCACUGUCCAAGCCCUACCUGAGACUGUGGAGCCUCCUCUGCAGCCUUUUGGCAUACACACAGGAUAUGCUGUUCCUGAGAGUGUUGGCAUGCCCAGUACAACUCAGCAAACAGCAGACACGGCUUCAAUGCCAAUUCCUCCUGCGCUAGAGCCCACCCCAUUUCAGCCUAACACCGAGGCACCUGUAUCUAUUCCGCUCCAUAGUUUUGUAUGUGACAGCCUAAACCAAGAUGCAUCUGGUAAAGAAAUAAGUGACAGCUUUGAAGGACCCACUGGUGGAGGAAAGGGUGAUGGCAAACCCAGAAAGCACCACCGCAAAUCUGCUCGAACGCGCUCACGCCAGGAAAAAGUUAACAAGCCAAAGCUAAACAUGCUAAAUGUUAGUAAUACAGGUGACAAGAUGGUGGAAUGCCAGCUGGAGACACACAAUCAUAAAAUGGUGACUUUCAAAUUUGACCUAGACGGAGAUGCACCUGAAGAAAUAGCCACUUAUAUGGUGGAAAAUGGCUUUAUUCUACCAAUAGAAAAGGAGAUUUUUAUCGAUCAACUUAAAGACAUUGUCGACAAGGCAGAAGACAUUCUAAGCGAGGACAUGGAUGGAGAGAAGAUAUCAGAUUUUGGGAAAAAUCAUUUGCAAGGACAAACUCCUGGAGAUGAAGGGGGAGAGGGAAUAAAUGGACAGCAACCCGGGGCUCCCCAGCCAGUGUAUCAGCAAAAUGUUCUGCACACGGGUAAGAGGUGGUUCAUCAUCUGCCCUGUGGAAGAGGCUCCUGCUGCCAGUCGGGACGCAUCCUCAGAUGGAGGUCCAUCUACACAAUCCCCAUCCACAACAACAAUAACUGAUGGGACAGCCACUGCUCAGCCUGGUGAGAGUGCUUCAGCCCAUCCUCCUGAACCCAGCACAGGAUCUGCUUCAGCAUCCAUGGAUUCAGAAGCCUGUGCCACAGCACCUCCAUCAGGAGGAAGUGAUCCCUAUGGGGUUUGGAGCCCCCUCUCUUUGACCACUACUGAUCCUUUUGCUCUGGCUGCUCUUUCCCAAGCCCCCCCUGCUCCGCAAGCCGCUGUAAUGCCAGCUCGGUCUGCUUCCCAUUCAGAGGAAAUGCCAAAUUUAGGCUCCGCCCCGGUCAAUGUGCAGCAAUCCCAGCCAUGCAUGGAUCCUCAAAGUUCUGUUUUUGUGGAUGAGACCCAGAGUGGCAGAUUAGGCUCUGUCUCCCCUAUGCACGCUGCUCAGCAGAUGGCUGAAAUUGCAUGUGCUGUCUCCAUGGUGGAGGACGUGCCCUGCUGUCCCUUGGUCAUGCCGCUGUCCCUAGAAGUGAGCAGUGGGGCUCAGAGAUCAUCCUCUGUGGUGCCACCACAAUCACAAGACACUACGUCUGCUCGCGAACAACUCCACUCCAUUACAUCUAGUCGAGUGGAACGUGCCCAGCAGCCUGUGGUGUUGCAGCAGCCUGUGUCCACUGUGAGUGGAACUAAGGCACCUUCCCUGCCCCAAAGCCCUGCUCCUUCCCAGCACCACUUUGUUCCCAGUGAAUCAGAUGGAGAGGGGCGUGGCAGAGGAGGGUUUGUAGACAGCACUAUCAAGACACUGGAUGAGAAACUGAGGAAUUUACUGUAUCAAGAGUACGCUCCCAUGUACCCAUCGGGAAGUGCUGCUGAAACUCCAGGAUCUGGCACAGAGUAUAUCCAAUCCCCACCAGGACCAGAGUGUGCGUUGGGAGGGUCAGGAACCAGCACACCUAGUCUUAUGGGAGAGGGACGAUUCAGAGCAGGAGAGCAGUUGCCACAGAUUCCAGAGCGUGUGGACAGUUUAAGUGCUCUCAGUGACUCUGCCGUUGGAGUUACUGUGUCAAGGAGACACGUGAUGCCACACUCUGCCUCUUGCUCUGGAUCUAGAAGUCGAUAUAAGAUGAUGCCUAGCUCCACUGACAUCCUGUCAGGUCAAGGUCGAAAGCAGCGCAGCCUGAGCAGCACAGCAUCUCCAGCGCACCCUGGUGGCUUUUUAGGAGAAUGUGCCGUGUACGAAGAGCCGACUGCUUCUGCCACCACUGUCGGCAGGUUCUCAGUUGUCAGCACAGAAGAUGAGGUCACGCGCAGAAAGCUCAGCAGCAGAUAUUCGGCCCCACCUGACUUUUAUCUAGACGCCCCACCUCCCCUGACCAAACGAGGCUCUCUGCCAAGGGCACAGACCUCAGUCUCAGCGGAUGUCACCGUUCACACUCGCUUCAUGUCUUCUGACUCUGGGGCAGAGAGCAGCCCCGCCAAAAUGGCACCUACAACCCCGUCCCGCCAUGGGAGGUCUGAAAGGAGAGGAAGUGACCUCAUGAAAAGGGCGGUGGCUUUUCUAAAGCGCUCCGGCCGCAGCAGCAGUGUGCAAAGCUCUGAUUCGCCAAGCAGAAAGGGAGGGGUGUAUGGAUCCUAUGUCAGCAGUGACAACGACUCCGAGAUGGAGGAUUCCGAUAUAAAGAAGGAGCUUCAAAGACUAAGAGAAAAGCACAUGAAAGAGAUAACCGAAUUGGAGGCCAAUCACAGAGAAGAGGUCGAGCUUCUCUAUAUGAGAUUAGGGAAACCACCCCCUCCAGGUCUUUACAUCCCGCCCACAGCACCCCCUGCUGGACGCAAGCGCAAGACCAGCAGGCACAAACUAAAAGCUGGCAAACUGCUCAGUCCUCUAGUACAACAGCUGAGAAAUGUUGCCUCUAAAACUAGCGACUCCAGCAAACCUAAUGAUUUAACAAAAUCAGCUGAAGCUGCCCUGAGCUUGAAUGGGUCUCCUGCUAGGGCUUCCAACUUGUCAGAUGGCAGGGCUUACUCUGGGACCGGGACUCUGCCUUGUUCUGUGUCUGAGCCGGUUCAGACCCAACAGCCCUGCUCUCUCAAAGGAUCUCUCUCCUCCGACAACAUCUACUCUGGUCUACAGGGAGAAGGACAUGGGCCGCCCAGCCAGCCAGCCCAAGGCUGGCCUCCUUCUCCCCAGGCGUCUGCACAGGUCACCUAUAAAUCCAGCAGUAAACCACGCGCUAGAUUCCUCAGUGGGCCUGUUUCUCUGUCCAUCUGGUCAACCCUUAAACGCCUGUGUCUGGGUAAAGAACGUGGCAGCAGAUCUGGAGCACCAUCAGCUGCCUCUAAUCAGUCCACAAUGCCUCCUGGAUCAACUCCUCCUCCUCACCAGCCAAUUGGUCUCGCCCAAGCACAGACUAAUAACAGCAACAACAAGACAGAUGAUGCAUUCACACAGCAGCUUCAGAGACUCAUGGAUAACUGGGCAGAAGGGGUAAGGGAUCCUUCACGCUCACAAUCCCUCAGUCUAAGACCACGGCAACUGACCCGAUCCAGGAUCUGGAGCUCUAUAGAGGCUCCGGUUUCAACAGAAAGAUUGAAUGCUUCCCAACUGCCUCUUUCAUGGCCGCAGAUUGAUUUCCAUGCCCAUGUGAUGGCGACUGACACUACACAAGUACUCCAGCGCAGUUAUUUGGUGCCCGGCAGCUGUUACGGAAAGAUGCUAAAUGCCCAACACCUAGACAUGGACUACUGGCCAACAAUGACUGCCAAUCUUAACCAAGAAGUCUUUGCUUUCCCUGCUAUGCACUCUCCUUCUUGGACAGCACCUUCUUCCCCCAGCGAGGUUCCUAGUUCUAGAAAUAGGACCAUGUAGCUUUACCAUCACUGUACCUAUUCUUCUUACUCAGUCGCCGAAAAUACUUUAGUUUCUUUAGAGUGCCGGUUAGGCCUUUCAGUGUGCAAUUCUAUCUGUUGCAGUUGCUAGCAUG